UUCAGUGCUGCGUCGGCUGCGGAGGAAUGGAGAUCAUCAUUGUUGUUCUUCUGUUUGUUAACAGGUAAAUGUGCACAACUGACACAAAUAUAGCAAGAUAUGAGAUCGCUGAGAGUUCUGUGAUGAUGAGGGGAAAGUUGGCBGUUUAUUCCCAUGGUUGUAGUGUUAAAAUGUUAGUUAAUAUGAUUGGCUGGAGCAAGCUAGUAGCUAAGCUAACUUUUACACGUGGUGACAGGACUUGCAGGACAAUGCUGCUGUAAUUUUGUGUGUGCUAGCAGAAAUAAGAUGUAACUGGAUAAAUGUCUAUUAGAGUAAACUUAUAAAUGUUAUUGAAUGAGCAGCAGUUCAGUGCUGUGUCGGCUGUGGAGGAAUGGAGAYGCUCAUUGUUGCUCUUCUGUUUGUUAACAGCUAUCAACAAUAAAAUGAACCCGCAAUGAACACACUGAGUCUUAAUUCAAGUGUGCAACAAAUUUGGUGGCCCGUACGGGGAUCAACUGUGCUUUAAGGAAGACAGAGUGAGACUUCAGAGUCAGCACGCCAGUAAUGGAGUUGGAGCAACUACAGGACCAGCUGAGUGAGGYCCUGGUGCAGUUGAAAGUGGACCAACUACAAGAGGUGUGUUUUUAUGCAAAGGUCUCUGCUGAAAAUCAGACCAAAAAGCAUACGCUAAUCAGACUAUUAAGUGCAGCUKCUGAUGAUGCUAUUGAGAAUGAAGAAGAAGAAGUGGCUCUGGAAUUUCUCAACAGACUAAUAUCAAAAGCUAAAGAAGURAGAAAACAUGAGAUCUCACAGAAAGAUGAUGAAACUGUUGACAGUGAUGUUGCUGCUCUGGCGAGUUUGCAAGAACAAUAUGAAGCCUUACAGCUAAGUUUUCAAGCUUCAACCAAGAAGUUAGAGGAAGAAAUGACAAAGUUGGAAAACAAAGUGAAAAUUCAGGGGCCAGAUAAGCUUCCGAAACGACCAGUGAACCCUUUUGCAGCUAGCACACCUGAGGUUACUAUAAGAAGAGAUUUUAAAAUUAAUGGCCAAAUUGGUGAAAGGGGUCAGAAAGACAAACUUUCCUAUUCAAAUCUGAUGCAUCAGAUUGAUAUGGGGCUGAAAAGAAAUCACAGUGAAGGCGAGAUCAUUGAGGCUGUGGUCAGAGCUAUCAGUCCAGGUUUACCCCUUCGUGAUAUGCUGGAGAUAAAAACAGACCUCACUAUUGCACAGCUGAGGACAAUAUUAAA